AUGGCAUCCAGCAUUUUGGAGACGGGUAGCACCAAGUUAAUAAAAAACACUGCCGUCAAUCAGCUUGCAGACUGGCAGAAGCAACAUCCCGAGGAACUUUUCAACCUUCUCUCCCGAGUCGUACCGUACCUCCGGCAUAAAGAUUGGGACACUCGUUCUACAGCCGCCAAGGCGCUGGGCAGUAUUAUUGAGAAUGCUUCUUUCUACGAUCCAAAUGAAGACGAAGAUCGUACAGCGGCGCCAAAAGAAGAACCAAAGAUAGAAGAUCACUUCGUCAAGAAGGAAGGGGAUGUUGAGCCUUCAUUGUCGGCUGAUGAAUACUUCAGGCCCGAACUGCUCAAUGUAGCAAUGAUCCUCAAAUACGGCCGGGAAUUAUUGCGUACUGGCGCUUCUAUUGACUAUAGCCUUGCGUCUUUGGACCCACAGGCACGAUUGACGCAUUUAAAAAAAACUCUAAAUGGCCGCCUAGGCUUACUGGGCAGGCCUUUUGAGGAUGAUGAGGUUCCUAUCCCUAUAGAAAAGUCCGCCAGCCCUUCCACACCACUAGACGCAGUUCCUCACAAUGGCGUAGCCCGCCAAGACAGCUUCGCCAGUUCUGGCCCUAGCCAGCCGGCUGAAGAGUCGGGGCUCAGUGCCAGACAAAAAAAUGCACUUAAGCGGAAGCGGAAGAAGGAAGCACAGAAAGCAGCUCAGGGGAAAGGUGGUUUCGGAGAUCUUUCGAUUCGGCGAUCUUUUACCGGUGGUUCUGAUGGAUUCGACGAAAUGAGUGACUAUCUCAGUCUUGAUCGACCUGCCGAUGUAAAUGAAGAUGCCAAAGUUGUAUCUGAAUUCAAGGGGCCCACUGUCCUGAUUAAAUCUGAAAUCGAGGCAGACGAGGAAUUGCAAGGCUCCGAAUGGCCAUAUGAACGCUUAUGCGAGUUCCUAAAGCUCGACAUCUUCGAUCCCCAAUGGGAGAUCCGCCAUGGUGCGGCGCUAGGAUUACGAGAAAUUCUCCGAGUUCAUGGUGCCGGCGCCGGACGUUUGAGAGGUAAAUCCAGGACAGAAAACGAUGCACUGAACCGAAAAUGGCUGGAUGAUAUGGCUUGUAGGCUAUGCUGUGUACUAAUGCUUGACCGAUUUACGGACUAUGCCUCUGAUACCAGCGUUGCACCUAUUCGAGAAACAGUUGGCCAGUCGUUAGGCGCCUUUUUGAAACACCUCCCGCCAGAAUCCGUGUAUAACAUAUACCAAAUUUUAUUCCGGAUGGUUAUGCAACGAGAUGUUGGUGUUGAACGGCCUAUCUGGGCUGUUUGUCAUGGAGGUAUGGUUGGUCUACGGUAUGUCGUAGCCGUGAGAAAGGACCUACUACUCCAGCAUAGCCACAUGAUCGAUGGUGUAGUUCAAGCCGUCAUGAAGGGCCUUGGCGAUAAUGAUGACGAUGUUCGUUCCGUGAGCGCAGCUACUUUGAUUCCUAUGGCCCAGGAGUUUGUUCAGUUGCGACCCGGCGCGUUAAAUGAGCUUAUCAGUAUCGUUUGGGAGAGUCUUUCUAGCUUAGGUGAUGAUUUGAGUGCCAGUACGGGCAAAAUCAUGGAUCUGCUGGCCACCCUGUGUGGAUUCCCCGAAGUCCUAAAGGCCAUGAAAGGCCUAGCUGAGCAUGACGAGGAGAGCUCAUUUACACUCCUUGUUCCUCGCCUUUACCCUUUUCUCCGACAUACUAUCACCUCUGUUCGUCUUGCCGUGCUCAAAGCUUUGAUGACAUUUGUCGACCUUGGAGAGGACUCUCAAGGAUGGCUUGAUGGCAAAAUUCUAAGGUUAGUUUUCCAGAAUAUUCUGGUCGAACGAGAUUCGGAAACGCUCAAGAUGUCAAUGCAAUUGUGGGCAGCCUUGGUCAAGUGCUUGGCACGAAACCCUGAUCAUCUGGCGACAGAAUUCACCCCCCAUAUCGAUGCCCUCAUGCAACUCACCCUUCAUCCUAUUGGCGUGUCUCGUCAGCCUAUACCUAUGAACGGCGCUCUGUUCCAGAAACCGUCCGGAGGGACCUACACCCUGGCUGGGGUUAUCCCUGUUGCCACUCGGAAACUUUCUGAUGCGGAAGCCGGUGAAAGGGCGCCGAAGAGACGCAGGAAGUCUGCAAAAUUAGAGGAUGUGCCACCUGCAACACACUCGCAUGAUCUUGACGGCCAUAUGAUGUUGGGCGACGUUGACCUUGUUGGCAUGGAGACUCUUAUCCGUUCCCGUGUUUCUGCCGCUAGCGCAAUGGGUCUAAUCAUGUCUCUUGUACCAUCACAGUAUCUGGAAGCUUACGAUGCUCUCCUCAUCCCAGGGUUGAGCUCCUCAUAUGCAUCAACCCAGCUCAAUGCAUGCGUAGUCAUUGAUGAAUACGCACGGGGCUAUACUUCAUUACAAACCGAAAGCUCGAGGUAUGCCAGGGAGUUGCUCAAAAUCAUUGACAAUGAUCGCCCAUCGCAGUACCGCGACUUGGUCAGCCAUGUACAACGGGUUCGGUCACAAUGUCAACAGCUAAUGAACAUCUUCCGGGAUCAUGGAAAAGUGUCCCAGCAGAAGUUACCGGCCCUAGCAGUGGUGGUACAGGGCGAGGCUGAGGCUGGGCCCGGCGCUUUCUCUCUGGCUCACGCCGACAAGUGUGUGACAGAGGACUAUGAGCGACUAAAAAAGGCUAUGGCACCCGCUCAACGCUUGAUCGCCCUUCAGCAACUUAACGAAGCUAGGCAGGAUACUGUGACAGCUAUAGAUGAAGCAAAGGCAGCUAAGGAGGUACGUGAUACUCGUAUCAAGGCAGCUGCUGCAUGCGCUCUCAUAGCUAUGAAGAUGCUACCUAAAAAGCCGAGCCCUCUGAUUAAGGGCAUCAUGGAUAGCAUUAAGCUUGAAGAGAAUCAACAACUCCAGACUCGCUCUGCCGAAACAAUAGCGCGACUGGUUCAACUAUUUACAGAGAAAGGUCGUCGUGGUCCAGCUGACAAAGUGGUUUCGAAUCUGGUCAAAUUCUCCUGCGUUGAAGUUGCAGAGACUCCUGAAUUCCCUGUUCAUGCUGCGAGAACCACAGUCAUUUUGUCAAUGCUUAAGGAAGAAGAUAGAGUUGAUUAUGGCGCUGAUGCAGCAAAAUUUGCGCGGGAAGCCAAGGGCGCUCGCAUUACUCGCCGCGGAGCCAAGGAGGCUCUCGAGAUAUUAUCACGAACUUUCGGCGCUGAGCUGUUUGCAACGGUGCCAAGCCUGCAAGUAUUCAUGGAAGCUCCUCUGACCAAGGCCUUUUCUGCCGAACUCCCCUCUGAAGUGCGGGAUGUGGAAAAUCCGUUUGGCCAAGAAGUGGUUGAUGCAAUGUCGGUCAUCCGAACAAUGACUCCCACUCUACAUGAAUCCCUUCAUCCUUUCGUCAUGCAACAAGUUCCUCUUGUUAUUAAAGCUCUACAUUCCGAGUUGUCGGUUUUCCGGUAUAUGGCUGCUAAAUGCCUAGCGACCAUCUGCAGUGUGAUGACCGUUGAGGGUAUGACAGCACUAGUCAAGCAAGUAUUGCCGUCUAUCAACAAUCCGCUUGAUUUAAGUUUUCGUCAAGGUGCGAUUGAAGCGAUAUAUCAUCUUAUAGCUGUCAUGGGGGAUGGUAUCUUGCCCUACGUGAUUUUCCUCAUCGUCCCCGUUCUCGGCCGAAUGAGUGAUUCCGACAACGAUAUCAGGCUGAUCGCGACAACAUCAUUCGCCACGCUUGUUAAAUUAGUACCGCUGGAAGCCGGUAUUCCAGAUCCUCCGGGCUUGUCGGAGGAGCUGCUGAGGGGACGAGACAGGGAGCGCACAUUCAUCGCGCAGCUUCUCGAUCCUAAGAAAGUAGAGCCGUUCAAAAUCCCUGUUGCUAUUAAUGCUGAAUUGCGUUCUUACCAACAAGACGGAGUCAAUUGGCUCCAUUUCCUGAAUAAAUACAACUUACACGGGAUUCUCUGCGACGAUAUGGGUCUAGGCAAAACACUCCAGACAUUGUGCAUAGUUGCUAGCGAUCAUUAUAAUAGGGCUGAAGAGUUCAAGAGAACGGGCGCACCAGAAGUACGAAAACUUCCAUCACUUAUUGUCUGUCCCCCAACUCUCUCUGGGCAUUGGCAGCAGGAGAUCAAGACAUUCGCUCCGUUCCUCAGUGUUACUGCAUUUGUUGGACCACCCGCGGAACGACGGGCAAAAGCUUCCCAGUUUGCAACAACCGACAUUGUGGUUACUUCCUAUGAAGUGUGCAGAAAUGACACAGACUUCCUAGAGAAACAAAACUGGAACUACAUUGUUCUCGACGAGGGCCAUUUAAUCAAGAACCCUAAAGCUAAGAUCAGUCUUGCGGUCAAGAGAUUAGCAAGCAACCAUCGACUUAUACUAACUGGCACGCCUAUACAGAAUAAUGUUUUGGAGUUAUGGUCUCUCUUCGACUUUUUAAUGCCAGGGUUCUUAGGUGCCGAGAAGGUCUUUUUGGACCGCUUUGCAAAGCCCAUCGCUGCGAGCCGCUUUAGCAAAGCUUCGUCUAAGGAGCAAGAAGCCGGCGCAUUGGCCAUCGAGGCUUUACACAAACAGGUUCUUCCUUUCUUACUUCGACGACUCAAAGAAGAAGUAUUAGACGACCUCCCACCUAAGAUCUUACAAAACUACUACUGCGAUCUUAGCGACCUUCAACGAAAGCUUUUUGAAGACUUCACGAAAAGACAAGGCAAGAAGCUGACCGAGGAAGCUGGCCGCGAUGACAAAGACGCCAAGCAGCACAUAUUCCAAGCUCUACAAUAUAUGCGGAAGUUGUGCAACUCCCCUGCGCUUGUUAUGACGCCUAGCAAUAAGCUAUACGAAGAUACCCAAAAUCUGCUUAAGAAAUCUGGCACCAGUAUAGAAGAUCCUAUCCACGCUCCUAAACUCACGGCUCUCAAGGAUCUAUUGGUCGACUGUGGUAUAGGUGUUGAAGGUGCUGACUCGAAUGAUCCUCUCUAUCAACCCAUAAAGCCACAUCGUGCCUUAAUCUUCUGUCAGAUGAAGGAAAUGCUGGACAUGGUUCAGAAUACAGUUCUGAAGCGCAUGCUUCCUUCCGUCUCGUAUCUACGGCUUGACGGAUCUGUUGAAGCUAACAAGCGACAAGAUAUUGUCAAUACCUUUAACAAAGAUCCUUCAUAUGAUUGCUUGCUCCUCACGACUAGUGUUGGUGGCCUGGGUCUCAAUCUGACUGGAGCUGAUACGGUUAUUUUCGUUGAACAUGACUGGAAUCCGCAACGCGAUCUCCAAGCGAUGGACCGGGCUCAUCGUAUAGGGCAGAAGAAAGUUGUCAACGUGUACCGCUUGAUCACAAGAGGUACAUUAGAGGAGAAGAUUCUUAGCUUACAAGCCUUCAAAAUCGACGUCGCCUCUACGGUCGUGAAUCAGCAAAACGCCGGUUUGGGGACGAUGGACACGGAUCAAAUCCUCGACCUGUUCAACUUCGGUGGCGACUCUGGGCCUAAUCUCAUUUCCGACAAAGCGAAGGAUAACAUCGAAGGCCGUGAAGAGGACAUGGUAGAUGUUGAGACGGGAGACGUCCGGGCGCCAGGGAAGAAAGCGUGGGCGGAUGACUUAGGGGAAUUAUGGGACAACCGUCAGUAUGAGGAGAGUUUUGACCUCGACGGGUUUCUCAAAACGAUGCAGUAA